AUGGCUUACGCAAAGGACAAUGGGCACGACUCAAGUUCAACGAGAAGUGGUGGCAGGUCCACUGACUCCCUAGUUCUGCAGUCAUUAGUCAUGACAAGGCCCCCUGCGCAAACCUCGAUGUCGGCACUCACCGCCGCCUCCUCGUCGAACUAUGCCUCUAGCGUGUCUAGUGACAGCCAAAAUCAAAACCAGAGCGGGGGUAUCCCUGGCACACCCCCUACGAUUGAAGACCAUGCCGUUGAUCAGCAAAGCAGUCUUCGGCCCAAGGAGGAUCUAGAUGACUCUUCUGAUUCUUCAGAUGAAUACAUGACGAGUUAUCGGCCUUUGGAACGUUCCACUCGGGUUAGUGGGUCACGCUCCAAACGUUUCUUCCAAUUUUUCGUCAAGAAGUUCAACAAAUCCUCUGUUCGUUACGGCUUGCUGCCAAACUGCCAGAUUGCGCCAGUCAUUCAGCACACCGUCAUCAUCGAUGUCUUCGAAGAGCAGCUUCAUUUAGCACCUAUCUCAUCAAAGCCGAGGCGGGUCCUUGAUGUCGGCACUGGCCCUGGAGCAUGGGCAUUGCCGCCUUAUACCAGAUCUAACUGUAGCUUUAUGGCAAUGGAUAUUACGCAUGAUUGGGACUUCACCGGCAGCGGUAACUUCGAUUUUAUUCACAUUCGACAACUCGGCGAUAUUCAGGAUAAAAAGAAGUUAGUCCAAUCGACUUUUGAAAACCUGAAGCCUGGAGGAUGGGUCGAAUUUACGGAAUGGAUCGCAAUUCUACAGUCACCAAAUCAUUCAUUGGACGGCACCGCAUUCCGCAAAUGGAAUGAUCUGCUAGAGCAAGGAAUGCGCAGUUUUGGUACAACGCUGCACUACCCGAAUAAAUUCAAGCCAUUGCUACAGGAAACAGGCUUUGAGCAUAUCAUUGAGACCAGAAACGGCGCGCCGACAAAUGCGUGCUAUCCUGGGAAAAAGUUACAGCGCAUAGGCCAUCUAAUGACGCAGAACUGGCUGCUUGUUCUUGAGCCAUUAACAAUGCCUGUUUUUACGCAAGCGUUAGGGCUGGUCUCCGGAUCAAGUCAAGUCGUUUCUGGUUGA